GUUCAAUGCCUGGCCCACCGUAGCUCGCUUCCCAUUAUAAGCGGACUCUGGGGGGGUGGAGGGGGCAUUUUCACAUCAUCCAAUCCAUAGGAGGAUCGUAACCCCAUGAACAGCAGCCCACCACGGCUUUUCCUACUCCUCCUCGACGCCUUCUUCAAAAUACUGUGCCCGUUGCUGCUAGCAUGCCCAUGCCCAAACCCAUGCCUAUGCCGCUUUCCUCCUAAGUACGCAACUGGAAUUGCACCCGCAACCGCAUCACACACAAAGCCAUGUCCAAGGCGGCGGGCAAGCGCGACAAGUUCGCCAAGCUCCGCGAGCUGCGGAAGUCGGGCAAGACGGCCUUCGAUGGCUACGAGGUCGCCAAGGUCGACGAGUUGUAUGAGGAAGUUGACGAGAACCAGUACAAGACCAUCGUUCGCAAUCGCCUCAACGAGGACGACUUUGUCGUCGACGACAAUGGCGAGGGUUAUGCCGACGAUGGCCGCGAGGAGUGGGAUCGCGUCCCUCAAUACGAGACGGAGAGCGACGACGACAGCGACUUGACGGGGGCCCGUAAGAAGGGCAAGGGGCGCACCACCAAGAAACAGCGUGAAGAAGAGCUGGCCAAACAAAACGCCAAUGACAGGAAUAUUUCAGAGUACUUCACCAAGGGCCCUGCCAAGACGCAGCCGAAAGCAAAGGUAAUCAAGACAGAAGAUGACGACAAGUUCCUCGCCGAUCUGCUCGGCGAGGUCGACGCCAACAUUCCUGCCCCGGCGCGUCGGCCAGCCAAGAAGAGAGACAGGUCGGCUGAGCGCAGAAAGGCGCGGCCCCUCUCCCCGGUGCGCGAGACCCGUCAGCCAGCCGCCAAGAAGGCCAAAGUGGUCGACGACAGACUGCCCUCGCCCGCCGCAGACGACGCAUACAUGGCGGGGGACGACGACUUCGUCCCUCACAUGGACUACGAGCCUUUGCCCGCUGCCGACGCCAUCAUGAGCGAUCCUCUUCCUUCGUCGCCCUCAGCCAAGAUUGUCCAACGCCGAACGCAACUCAAGGCUGACGCUAACGAAGAUGACGAGGACGAGGACGACAUGAUGGAGGUUGCCCAUGCCGGCGCUGUGACGGUCAACAGUGUCAAUAUCUCAGCCGCCCGCCAGUUCAAGAAGAUUAUCAAGCCGGAUCCGUACCCGUCGCCGGCCAGCUCGUCGCCGGUCAAGGCCGUAGAUGCCACCGUUGAUGCCUCUUCGUGGAACGACAUCAGCCAGAAGCUUAACGUCAUGUCCAGUUCGCAGGGCGAAACUAGGAGCGUCGGCAAGAUCGACUACAAGGACGCCAUUGAGCCCGAUGGUAGCCUGAACAUAUUCUGGACCGACUACACCGAGGUCAAUGGCAGCUUGUGUCUGUUCGGCAAGGUCCUCAACAAGAAGACGAAGAGCUACGUCAGCUGUUUCGUCAAGGUUGACAAUAUCCUACGGAAGCUGUACUUCUUGCCGCGUAAGCAUCGCAUAGAGUACGGCGAGGAGUCAACGGAGCAGGUCGAGAUGAUGGACGUCUACAACGAAAUCGACACCAUGAUGACCAAGAUGAACGUGGGCAUGUACAAGAUCAAGAGCUGCAAUCGGAAAUACGCAUUCGAGCUUCCGGGCAUUGAAAAAGAGAGCCUCUACAUGAAGCUCUGCUACCCCUACACCAAGCCCCAGAUCGACAUGAACAAGACGGGCGAGACCUUCUCGCACGUCUUCGGAACUAACACGGCCCUAUUUGAGCAGUUUGUGCUCUGGAAGAACAUCAUGGGUCCGUGCUGGCUGAAGAUCCAGGACGCCGACUUUGGCUCCCUCAAGAAUGCCUCGCAUUGCCGGCUGGAAGUCCUGGUCGAACAUCCCAACAUGGUUUCGACGCUGAGCGAGGCCGACAAUCUGGACGCGCCCCCUCUGACGCUCAUGAGCAUUGCCAUGCGCACCGUGUUCAAUGCUAAGGACAACAAGCAGGAGAUACUUGCCGUCAGCGCCAGAAUAUACGAAGACGUGUCUCUGGUCGACACCACGCCUGCCGAGAAACUGCCCUGCCGCACCUUCACUCUCGUCCGGCCGCACGGCAGCGCGUUUCCUCUCGGCUUCGAAAAGAUGGCCAAAGAGAGAAAGCAGGGUCUUAUCAAGCUCAUGAGACAGGAGUCGGAGAUGCUGUCUUUCUUCCUUGCCCAGAUUGACGUUGUCGACCCCGACGUCAUUGUCGGGCACCAGCUCGAGGGCGUCGACUACAGCAUCCUGCUAAACCGCCUCCACGAGAAGAAAACGAACCAGUGGUCUCGGCUCGGCAGGCUAAGGCGAUCGCAGUGGCCGUCGUCCAUCGGCAAGAUAGGCAACAAUGUAUUUGCUGAGCGCCAGGUUAUGGCUGGCCGACUUCUUUGUGAUCUGGCAAACGAUGCCGGCAAGUCAAUCAUGUUCAAGUGCACGUCGUGGAACUUGACUGAAAUGUGCAAUCUCUAUCUUGCGGGCGAGCACAGCCGGAGGGAGGUGGACAACGAAGUUGCCCUCAAGACUUGGGUGACGACAAAAGACGGCCUGAUGGCCUACGUGACGCACGUCGAGACUGACACGUUUUUUAUUGCCGCUCUGGCCAUGAGGGUUCAGAUUCUCCCACUCACCAAGGUUCUCACCAAUCUCGCCGGCAACUCGUGGGCGAGGACCCUCACAGGAACCCGCGCUGAGCGUAACGAAUACAUUCUGCUCCACGAGUUCUACAAGAACAGGUACAUUUGCCCAGACAAGCAAGUCUUCAAGGGCCGAGCUCGUGUUGAAGACGAGAACCAGGAUGGCGCAGAGGGCGGGGAUGCGAAAAAGAAGGAGAAGUACAAGGGCGGCCUGGUCUUUGAGCCCGAGAAGGGCCUUUAUGAUAAGUUUGUCCUCGUGAUGGACUUCAACUCGCUCUACCCCUCCAUCAUCCAGGAGUUCAACAUUUGCUUUACCACAGUCGAUCGAUCAUCAUUGUCAGACGAUGGGGAUGAGGUGCCCGAGGUUCCCGCCCAACAGGCCCAAGGUGUACUACCCAAGCUUAUCGCAACGCUGGUUAGUCGCCGAAAGCAAGUCAAGAGUCUGAUGAAGGACAAAAACGCCACCCCAGAGCAGCUCGCAACAUGGGACAUCAAGCAGCUAGCCCUGAAGCUGACGGCCAACUCCAUGUAUGGCUGUCUCGGAUAUACAAAGUCGAGGUUCUACGCCAGGCCCCUUGCUGUGCUCACGACCUACAAGGGCCGUGAGAUUCUAAGAAGUACCAAGGAGUUGGCAGAGAGCAAGUCGCUGCAGGUCAUCUACGGCGACACCGACUCUGUAAUGAUCAACGCCAAUGUGGACAAUGUCGCCGACGCGCUUCGGGUUGGCCACGAGUUCAAGAAGGCCGUCAACGAGCGCUACAGGCUUCUCGAGAUUGACAUUGACAACAUCUUCCGCCGGAUUCUCCUCCAGGCUAAAAAGAAGUAUGCCGCCAGCAACCUGGUGGAGUCGGACGGCAAGUAUAUCGAGAAGAUGGAGGUGAAGGGUCUCGACAUGAAGCGCCGCGAGUACUGCGGCCUGUCAAAGGAGAUAUCCAAAAACAUCCUCGAGGACAUCCUAUCUGGCGACGAUACCGAGGUGUCCAUUCAGCGUAUCCACGAGUACCUACGCACGGUAGCCGUCAAAAUGCGCGAGAAUGCGGUUCCGCUGCACAAGUACAUCAUCUCUACGCAGCUUGGAAAGGCGCCCAAGGAUUAUCCCAACUCAGACAGCAUGCCGCAGGUCCAGGUGGCCCUGCGCGACCUAGCACGAGGUAAGACCGUCCGAAAAGGCGACGUUAUCCGGUACGUCAUCACGGGCGACAGCAAGAACACGUCCGAGGCAGUAGCCAAGCGUGCCUACACGCCCCAAGACGUGAUGAAGGCCGAUUCGGGCCUCACCCCAGACGUCGAGUGGUACAUUGCCAAGCAAAUCUUCCCGCCCGUGGAGCGUCUUUGCGCCAACAUUGUCGGUACCUCCACUGCCCAGCUUGCCGAGAACUUGGGACUCGACAUUCGGCGCUAUGUGAACAACAGCAACAAUGGCAAUUCGGGCGGCGGCAACGAUGUUGAGAUCCACCCCCUUGAGUCGCAGAUACCCGACAACGUCCGCUUCAGCGACUGCGUGCGACUGUCCCUCCGCUGCCGUGCCUGCAAGGCGAGCGCGCCAUUCGAGGGCCUACUUAGCUCUCCCGACCGCAUAGCGCCCGGCGGAGUGGUCUGCCCGUCGUGCGGCGUCACGCUGUCCACGCUCUCGGUGGUCGCCCAGGUCGAGGCCGCCAUCCGCGCCCAGACGGCCCGCUACUAUGAGGGCUGGCUGGUGUGCGACGACCCAAGCUGCGGGAACCGCACACGCCAGAUGAGCGUGUACGGCAACCGCUGCAUAGGCCCCAAGGGUCUAGCCCGCGAUUGCCUCGGACGCAUGCGCUACGAGAUGGGCGAGCGAGAUAUGUACAACCAGCUUGUCUACUACUCCAGCUUGUGGGAUGUCGACAAGGCCCGCACCAAGGCCAGCGCCGCUUCCGUUGCUGGCUCGGACGCGUCUGUGCCGGCGGAAAGCAGGGAUAAGAUCCUCGCGCUAGCAGAGCACAAUCGCGUUCGCUUUGGUACCGUCAAGGGCGUCGUGGACAAAUACCUAGACAAGUGCGGUCGGCAGUGGGUCGCUAUGGAUACCCUGUUUACAAAGCUCGGAUUCUCUGCUGUUUGAUCGUGAUUUGGGAGGCGACCAAAGGAGGCGUGCGUACGUGGUCCGUUGGGUUGAGAGGGUAGCAGCUAAAUUGUAUGUAUUACUAGCCUCGUGUUGGAUUGAGCCGAAGGGCAUUGGACAAGCAUGUAUUUGCUGUCAGGAAACGGCGGUUAUGAUUGCGUAUAUUCGUUUAUUGUUUUCGGCGAGACACGGCUUAGGCUAGGCGUUACAUCAGACGGUGUUUUUGUUUACGGACGAGCAUGGCUGUAUAUGGCCUCGAGUGUAACUAUUCCUUCGGUUUGAUUCUAAUGUCCACACUGCGUCUUGACUUAUGUCUAUCCACUGGAAAUGACAACGGCGAGUUGAAC